AUGCCCACUUUCCCAUCGAAGCGAUUCCGGGGCUCUGCCGCAGCAAACAACCUGUCCGAGCGGAUUGCCGCUGCCUAUCGUCGUAAAUUGGCACAAAACCCCUUCCUAUUCUUCGGAUUGCCUUUCAUGACAAUCAUGGUCGCAUCCUCAUUCCUCCUUACACCGGCUACUGCAUUGAGAUACGAGCAGCACGAUCGCAAACACAAAAAGUUGACCGACCAAGAAACGUUAGAACUGGGAUUAAAAGGUGGGCCGCAGGGCGACGGAACUGUGACAUACAACCCUCGGCGGAGAAAGGUGUUGAAAGGAGAAUUGAAUGAACGAGACGAGUACUACAGAUUGAUGGCCAAAGAUCUAGACAAUUGGGAGCAAAAACGAGUAGAACGAUGGAAGGGCGAGCCUGACGGGAGACUGUGA